AUGAAUCUGAGCCUCGAAACGGCUGAACCUGCACCUCCAGCUUCAGCAGAAGAUGAUCAACUUGCGUGUUUAUCGGUUCAAUCUAAACCCGAACUUGAGUUAGAUUCUCAUGAAUGGGCUAAAAAUCGUUAUGUAUGGGUUCCUGAUGAAAAAGAAGGGUUUUUACUGGGCUCAAUAACAAAGGACAUAUCGGCUGAUGUAGUAGAGGUAAAGAUUGUUCAAACAGGCAAAGAGGGUAAAUACUCGCUUGAAGAUCUGCAGUCGGUAAACCCUCCAAAAUUUGAAAAGGUGGAAGAUAUGGCUUCUUUGACGUGCUUGAAUGAAGCAGCUAUACUUCAUAAUCUACGGCAGCGUUAUUUCUCAUCUCUGAUUUAUACGUAUUCUGGUUUAUUCUGCGUAGUAAUUAACCCAUACAAACGAAUGCCAAUGAUAUACUCUGAAGCUGUUAUUGAAAAAUACAGGCACAUGAAACUUCAUGAAGUUCCACCUCAUAUUUUUGCCGUAGCCGAUACUGCUUAUAGGAAAAUGUUGCAUGAGCAUGAAGACCAAUCUAUUCUAUGCACUGGUGAAUCAGGUGCCGGUAAAACUGAAAAUACUAAGAAAGUAAUUCAGUACUUGGUACAUAUCGCUGGGACUCCGCACCAUAAAGCGGGUUCAUCGAAAAAGGAAACGGAGGGCAGCUCUGUUGCACAUUUGGAAGACCAACUUCUACAAGCAAACCCAGUUUUGGAAGCUUUUGGCAAUAGCAAGACAGUGAAGAAUGACAAUUCGUCUAGAUUCGGGAAAUUUAUUCGUAUAAACUUCGACUCAGGUGGAAUUAUAUCUGGUGCGAACAUAGAGUAUUAUUUGCUUGAAAAGUCGCGAGUCAUUCGGCAAGCAAAGCAAGAACGCUCUUUUCAUUUUUUCUAUCAGUUGACGAAGGGCGCAGACGAAAAUCAAAAAAAAGCGUUGCUACUGGAAGCCAAUCUUGGUAGCUACCGCUAUCUGUCAAACGGUGACAUAGCUCUGCCAAAUGUCGACGAUGAGGAAGAGUUCAAAGUUACAGUUGAUGCAAUGAGGGUUAUGAGUUUCAGCGCUGCAGAAAUUGAAGCUGUAAUGCAAGUAGCAAGCGCAUCUCUACUAAUUGGCAACCAGGAAUUCGUGCAGGAUAAGAAGAAUACAGAUCAGGCUAUACUUACCAACGAUACAGCUAUGCAGAAGUUUUGCACUCUUCUUGGUAUUCCUGUUGCAGAAGUCACAAAGUCUUUUUUAAAACCUCGAAUAAAAGUGGGUCGCGAUUAUGUUCAUAAAGCGCAAACGGUAGACCAGGUGCUUUAUGCAGUAGCAGCAAUUACCAAGGCCCUUUAUGAGAGAUUGUUUCGCUGGUUGGUGUCUCGAAUCAAUCGCUCUUUGGGAAGAACUACUCGUCAGGGAACUGCAUUUAUAGGGAUUCUUGAUAUCGCAGGAUUUGAAAUAUUUGAGGUGAACAGUUUCGAACAGCUUUGCAUUAAUUAUACAAAUGAGAAGUUACAACAACUUUUUAACCAUACUAUGUUUAUACGAGAGCAAGAAGAGUACCAGGCAGAAGGAAUUGAUUGGGACUUCAUUGAUUUUGGUUUAGAUCUGCAGCCAACAAUAGAUUUAAUUGAGAAACCCAUGGGAAUACUGGCACUCCUUGAUGAGCAGUGCGUGUUCCCAAAAGCUACGGACAAAACUUUAGUCGAGAAACUUAUUGGUAAUCAUUCAGCACAUCCCAAAUUUGUGACCCCUGAUAUGAAAGCAAAAUGGGAUUUUUCAAUUGUACAUUACGCUGGUCGAGUCGAGUAUAUGGCAGACCAGUGGUUAAUGAAAAACAUGGAUCCUCUGAAUGAUAAUGUUGUAGCCCUCAUGCAGAAGUCAACCUCCGAGUUCGUAGCUCUGAUAUGGAAAGACGCUGAAUUCGCCAGUAUAAGAGACACUGACGCAUCAUCGUCUGGGAGUCGCAUCAAAAAAGGGAUGUUCCGUACUGCUGGUCAGUUAUAUAGGGACCAACUGACACGAUUGAUGGAUACUUUGAACAAUACCAGCCCUCAUUUUGUUCGUUGCAUUAUACCGAAUUACGAGAAACGGCCUGGUGUUAUAUUAGCUCCUCUCGUGUUAGAACAACUGCGAUGUAACGGUGUUUUGGAAGGGAUUCGAAUAUGUCGGCAGGGUUACCCUAAUAAAGUACCUUUCCAAGAGUUCAGGCAGCGCUACGAGACACUGUUAGCUCCGGGUGCUGUGCCGGCUGGCUUUUUAGACAGUAGGGAAGCUGUCAGGCGUAUUAUAAGCGCUUUGGAAUUGGAGGAAAGUUCUUACCGUAUUGGCACAUCUAAAGUUUUCUUCCGCGCUGGCGUGGUAGCAGCUUUAGAAGAAAAACGGGACAGGACUUUAUCGAACCUCGUGACCGCAUUUCAAGCCGCUUGCAAAGGUUUUCUGGCCAGGAAAGCUUUUCAGAAGCGUAUUGUUCAGUCGAGUGCUAUUCGGGUUAUACAGAGGAAUGGUAAGGCAUGGGCUCGUCUUCGCGAUUGGCUGUGGUGGCGCUUAUUCCUAACGGUGAAACCGCUAUUAGAAGUUACACGAACAGACCAACUUUUAGCCUCUAAAGACGAAGAGUUGCGUGUAAAAACAGACGCUCUAUCCCAAAAAGAGACUGAAAUGGCAGAAAUUAGCACCCGACUUGAACAGGCUUUGGCUGAAAGAACAAAAUUACAAGAACAGCUACAAGCAGAAGCAUUGGAGAAGGUAGAUUUAGAAGAAGUAAGAGAUCAGCUGCAGGCAAGAAGAGAUCUUUUGGAAGAAGAGGUAAAAAGCUUGACACAUCAGCUUGAGGAAACUGAUGAGAAAGUUAAGCAGCUUUCUGAUGAAGGUAAACAACUAAAGGAUAGUCUGGCUGAGAUGGAAGAAAAAUUACAAGAAGAGACGACCUCAAAAGACUCGCUGCAAAAAGAGAAGUCAUCUCUUGAGCAAAAACUCAAAGCGAUCACUGAGGAACAAAACGACCUUACCGACGACCAUCAAAAGGUUAAUCUAAUUAAAGAAAAAACUGUGAUGGAUGAACGCUUAACGGAAUUACGCGAGAAGCUUGCAGCAGAAGAAGAAAAAGCUAAACAGAUGGCAAAAGCUAAAGCUAAAUUAGAAGCAGCCAUAGGAGAGUUGGAAUCAAGUGUAUCCCAGGAGAAAGCGGCAAGGACUUCCGGUGACUCAGAGAGGAAAAAUAUGGCCAAAGAAAUCAGUGACCUUCGCGAAGGUAAUGACGGUUUGCAGAAGCAACUCGAAGAAGUAAACGUAACGCUGCGCUCUAAGAUUGAUGAGUUGCAGAAGACGCUCACUCAAUGUGAUGAACUGAAUACGCAAACGCAGACUAUGAGCAAACAACUUAGAGAGGCAACUGCGGAGCUUCAGGAAACUAAAGAUGAUUUGGAAAAUGAACGAACAAUGAGGUAUUGUGUAACUCUCUGGUUCAAUAAUUCUGAUCACUUCAAGCAGUACUUUAGACAGAAGGCCGAAAAGUCGAAACGUGAUUAUGCUGAGGAACUAGAGGCUCUAAAACAGGAGCUGUUGGAGACACAAGAUAAAACUCUUGCGACUGACCAACUAAGAGCAGAACGUGAACAACAGUUUUCUGUGCUUAAAAAAGAGUUAGAGAGUGUAACUACAGCAGGGGAACAACGCCUGGAAGAAAUGAAGCGGAAGCACGUUGAAGAAGUGGAUGCAUUAAAUGAGCAGAUGGAACAGGUCAUUAAGCAGAAGCAGCAGUUAAAUAAAGCGAAGGAUAGACUGGAAAGUGAACUCGCUGAAAAAGUAGCAAUGUUGGAACAGAACCAGAGCGUGAGAGCCGAAAUGGACCGAAGAAGGAAGGCUGCUGAUGCUUCAAUAAGCGAACAGCAAUCGCGAAUCAAAGAUUUGGAGAAUGAAAGGGACUCGUUGUCGUCUACAGUAUCAAAACUUCAAAAUGAAUUGGAACAAACUCGAUCUGCCUUGGAAAGUAGUGAAGGUGAUGUGAAAGGAUUAGAGAAGAAAGCUUCUGGAUUGAACAACCAGCUUGAAGAAGCAGUGGAGAUUCAGAAGGAUCAGCAAGAGCAGUUGAGAAAAUGGAGAGAAAAAUGCACUGGUAUUGAGGAGGAUAUGAAUGAACUGACAGAACAGUAUGAGGACGAACAAAAUACGAGGCAAAAAUUAGAAAAGGAGCUGAGCACGGUUAAGCAACAAUUUGCUGAUGAAAAACGGAAAAUUGAAGAAUUUUUGGAAGAAGGUGUUGAAGAAAUGAAAAGAAAGGCAGAAAAAGAGAUUGUCUCGUGGAAAACAAGGUGCGAAGAACUAGAGGAAAGUCUUUCUCGAAGUGAGAAAGGCAAGAAGAAGAAAGAAGAUAUGGUUGUCGAAUUAGAUACAAUGAGAGCACAGUUUCGAGAGAUGGAAAAAAAGCAGCGUAAAUUUGACCAACAGCUUGCGGAAGAGAAGUCUGAAGUGGCUAAGGCGACUGCUGAAGUUGAUCAACUUUCUCAAGAGUUACGUGAACGAGAAUCAAAAACGCUGGUGAUGGCUAACGAAAUGAGUGCUAUUGCACAACGUUUAGAAGAAGCAGAAAAGGCCAAGCGAACUUUACAGAUGGAUUUGGAUAGCAUUGUUUCUGCGAAAGAAGAUACUGAAAAAACUGUACCGGAGUUAGAAAGGGCUAGGCGGCUGCUGGAAAACGAACUUGAAAAAGCGAGGGAUGAAAUUACUGAAUUAGAAGACAGCUUGCAAAUAGCUGAGGAUGCGCGGUUAAGGACUGAAAUUAAUCUGCAACAGGCAAAAACGGAACUAGAAAAAGCUCUUUCAGAUCGAGAAGAAACUGAAGAUGAGAAACAGGAGUUGGAAGCCGAAAAAAGGGCGAAAACUACUGCUUUACAACAAAAGAAGAAAGCUGAUGCAGAAAUUGCUCGUGUGCAAACGGACGUUGAAAACUUAACUCGGGCUAAAGAAGAUCUCGGACGCCAGUUGAGGAAAGCUAGUGGUACAGUUAAAGAACUGCAGCAGUCAGUGAUUGACCUUCAAGCACAAAGGGAUAAUGCUGUAGUGCAGUCCAAAGAUUUUGAAAAAAAAGUUCGCUCGCUAGAGACAGAAGUAUCUCAACUGGGGGAUGCCAAUGCUGAUUUGGUUGCCGCAAAGAGAAAAGUUGAAGUUGAACGCGAUGAACUUGUAGAAGAAUUAGCUGGAAAACCGGGUUUCCCUACAGAAGAGAAAAAAAGAUAUGAAGAUCAGAUCGAAGCAUUAAUGGAAGAACUGGAGGAAGAGAGGGGAAAUGUGGAAGUGACUAAUGACAAGCUCAAGAAAACGCAAUUACAGGUUAAUUUUCUACUUUAUUACGCUUGGAAUGCAGUUAGUUUGCUUUUGCGUUUUGUGGCCGAGAGCUCUGCGCGCAUCAACAGGAAAAUAAGCUUCUUACAGGUUGAGGCGUUAACGUCAGAAGUUUCCGUAGAAAGGUCAGCAAAUGAACAAGCAGAGGGCAAAAUUAGAUCACUGGAGAGGAAGAACCAGGAACUAACCCAAAAAGUACUUAAAUCUUUUAUUUUAAAAAAUGUAAAGAUUGCUGAAUUAGAAUCUGCUGUUGCUGGGAGAAUUAAGGCACAGCUUGCGCAGUUGGAGUCUAAGCUACAAGCAGCGGAAAGCGAAUGUGACAGAGAAACACAGGACAAAAAUGCUGCUUUGCGUCAAUGUCGGCGGCUCGAAAAAAAAAUUGCUGAAGCAAAUGCAUCUUAUGAAGAAGAAAGACGCAAGACAGAACAGGCGAAAUCAACAGUGGAUCGUAUCCAAGCAAGGAUGAAGCAAACACGGAAACAAAUCGAAGAUCUGGAAGAAGAAAUCAGUCGCGAACGUAUGAAGGCGAGACAGUUGCAACGAACUAUUGAUGAACUCAAUGAAACUAACGAAAAUCUUGCUAGAGAAAACUCACAGUUGAAAACAUCAGUCACGUUAAGCCGGCGUGCUGGUAAAGGUCGUUCUGGCACUCGAUUUACAAGUGAGUGCGGCAGGUCCUCAAGGAAUUAUGGCUCCGAAUUAGAUUUUCUUCAGGACUCCGGAUCAACCGCCGGAUCCACUGGCCAAGCUGAAGAAGACGAUUAA